GGGUAGCGCAAACAGAAAUGACGUAGUGGAGCACACAGACUGAACAAACGGAUGAAAACAAGGAAGUAGCUUCGAGACGACUUUUGUGGAUGAAUACACUGUUUUUUUUAUUAAUAAUAAGUAAUACUUUGGUUUCGACAAAGAACAAUGAACAACAAAGGGACAUAUCCACAACAAGCUGUGUAUCCUCAGCAGAGCACAGCACCUAUAUACCCUCCUGCUAUGCAAGUGCCACCACCCCAGGUACCCCCAUACACAGAUGCCCCUCCUGCUUAUUCUGAGAUCUAUCAGCCAAGGUAUAUGCACCCACCCCAGGUUACUGGCCAGCUACCUCCAAUAACCACUGCAUACCCUGCAACUCAGAUGUUUGUGCCCAUGCCCCAGACUAUGCCUGUUGGUGCAAUGACCCCUAAUGUUCCCAUGGGAUACUACCCCAUGGGACCUGUGUAUCCUCCAGGCUCUACGGUCCUAGUGGAUGGGGGAUUUGAUGCUGGAGCUCGAUUUGGCCCUGGUAGCUCUGCUUCUAUACCUCCCCCACCUCCUGGACAUGCUCCAAAUGCAGCUCAGCUGGCAGCAAUGCAGGGUGCAAAUGUGGUGAUGACACAACGCAAGAGCAACUUCUUCAUGGGUGGUUCAGGAGGGGGUUACACUAUUUGGUAACAGUGAGAAGGACCUGACUGGACCUUGACCAUUCCCUUGUUUAGUGUUCUCUCUUCCCCUUCUUUCCUGCCUCACUAGGGGCAGCUUGGCUAUGCCAUGAUAGUGAUACAACAGAAUGUAAUGUUUUAUAGUCCCCACUAACAGUACAGUACUUUGUUGAUGUCUGUCCAUUUAAAAUACUGUAGACUUCAGAAAAUAUUGCAAACUCCUACUUUUAGACCAUGUUUGUUUAUGGUUGGAAAACAGAAUGACAGUUGUUUCUAGCUCACUUCCAUCUAUGGGGCAGGUGAAUUAUAAAUGUUCUUUAAUUUUUCAUGAUUAACAAACUACCACACCCUUUCUACUGCUGUUCCUAAGUAAGGUCUUCCUUACUAUCAUUUAUUUACACAUUGUAUCCAUUAAAAUUGCUUCUAAUAUUUUAAUUUAAUAACACAGCAGCGUUAUUUAGUCGAAUAUUUUACACAUUCUAAUUACAACAGAGUACUGUACUUUUGGGAAGGAGUAGAUAAAAAUAAUUGGGUGUCAAAAUUGAGCACCACAUCUUUAACAUUUACAGAUUAAAAUGCAGUAAAUGAGCCCUCAUUUGAUGCUGAACUUUGGUUGGCUUUUUAAUUAUGUCGGAUACCCAGAACUCUAUACAAUGCUGUUUAGUUUAGUAACCACUUCACAAAGGGUUUGGACUACACAAAAUCAUUUCUUGACCUUCAUUCUCAGAGUUUAAUUAAUUAGAUUUAGGGGUUAAUCAAGACUUUUUUUCCCAGGAAUGUACUGAAGCACAUCAAGCAGUUUUUUUUUUUCCUAACGGACAUUUAAAUGUAUAACCAAGGAGCUGGUUGUACCAAAGAUCUAGAUUAGAAUGCACUAAAAGCUUUUAAUGUGAAUUGAAAUUCUUCUCUGAAUAAUUCUGCACAUAUGAUAAAUUAAUAAAUGAUGCAUAGAAACAUAUCAAAAACAUGUCUAACUGCAUCAUGAUGGUUCUGCAUGCUUUUUGCACUUUUAUUCAAAGCUUCAAAGCUAUUUUGUUUUAAUAAAGAUUUAUCACUGGUAAUUUUUUAGAAAUAAUACACAUUAAUUUGAGUGCACCAUCAGCCAAUUCUUAAUUGUUAGACUUUUUGGAACAUGUUUUUGUACUCAUGCCUUAUACAUGCAAAUACAGUGUCAGUCAUUAAA